GGCAUCGGUGUCGUCAGGUGUCGUCCCGCAACUCACCAGCCUCAGCAGUUCGUGGUGUAGUGGCCUGUAAAGAGAUAAUUGUCUCCGGACAUCGCGAGAAACGUUCGAGGCAUGCAAGGAGUUAUGGAGGGACAACAAUUUUGCUUAAGGUGGCACAAUUUUCAAAAUACGCUUUUAAGCUCCUUACCUAAAUUGCUCGAUGGAGGGUACUUGACGGAUGUUACGCUAAGUGCCGGAGGCAGGCACAUUCAUGCACACCGAAUUAUACUUUCAGCCUGUAGUUACUACUUCAAAGAGUUGUUUAAGGAUUUAAAUUCUUUACAACACCCUGUCAUCAUUCUUCCGGGCAUGGAGUACGCAAACUUGUGUGCAUUGGUGACAUUUAUGUACAAUGGCGAAGUUAAUAUUUAUCAGGAACAAUUACCAGCUCUUCUAGCCAUGGCCGAUACUCUUCACGUACGAGGAUUAGCCGAUAUUGCCGGGAAGAAUCUGAGACACGACAACGGGCUCUACCUGCACCCCUCGAUGCCGCAGCCCGAGCCGAGAGAGACAGUGGACAUGAGCAUAAAGAAGGAGGCGAAGACCGGCACGAGCGUCACGGAGUCCGUCGACACGGUCUCCUCGGUCCAGCUGACCGACAACCCGGAAGAGGAGACGUCGAACGAGCCCGAGGAGGAGGAAGAGGAUGCCGCUUGCCGCGUCAAAACCAAGCCGUACUAUUCGAUAAACGCUAAGCUGAACCAGCGGGAGAGGAAGCCGGCGGUCGGCGGUUCCGGCAGCGGUUCGAGCGGCGGCAAGCAGCCGCAGCGGUACGCCGAGAAAGGUUGUCACGACGGAGGUGGUCCGGACGAUCCGGGGUUUCCGGUGGUAACCGAGGAACGGUCGAGCGCCCGAUUGGAGAGUUCCAAGCCGCAACCCCUCGGGGGCGACGCGGACGGCGCCUCGAGCCAACUUGGUUUCCUAGGAGGAACCGCGGUCGCGAGAACCGUCCCGAGCUGUAACAGAACCAGCGUCACCUGUUUGAUCUGCGGCAAACAGCUGAGCAACCAGUAUAAUCUGCGUGUCCACAUGGAGACGCACAGCAACAGCUCGUACAGCUGCACGGCUUGCUCGCACGUCUCGCGUUCGCGCGACGCUCUCAGGAAGCACGUCUCCUACCGACAUCCCGUGGCUUCGCCCCAGAAACGUCCCCGGUACAGCACCAAAUCGUAGACCCGUAAACGGGACGUCUCCGGUCUCGAGAUAGUCGCCGCGACUCACAUAACCCGUCGACUAGGAUGCUUUUCCGUCGUGACUAGACUCACCACCCCUCGAGGCUUCGACGCGCGACUUCCGCGGAGGUCGGGUGGAGAGGCGAGGCCUUCGAAGAAGGCCCGUCGUACCUUGGGAGAUGCCGCGAACCAACUUUUCGAUGUACAUAUACGAUGAUCUUUAGGGUCGCGUCUGGAUCAAGACAGGGGCGUUCCGUGGCGUUUCUUCUCGGCGGUUUCCAACCCGCCGAAACGAUCGAUCGCGUCUUUUGCUAAAGGAAAAAAAUCUGGACUAAGCCACUCGCGGUUUGGCGUAACGUUAAAUGCUUCGCGAUGCGGUUAUCCGCAUAUAUCUCGAUUGGAAGAAAGGCGUCCACGGAACGUCCCGACGUUCAGCCAAAUUUCCCUUUGCGCGUUUACAAGGGCGAAGAGUGGAACGCGCUCGGUCGUGAGAAAUUAAGCUGGAUUUGCUACUUAAAUAAUUGAUAUAAUAAUUGUUAUCAUUAUUGUUAAUAUAGCACGCGAUAGUACUAAGCGCGAAAGUACUUUUCGACUCCUUCGACGAUGCCAGCCUUGGCUAGCGGAAAAGGAGUUGCGUGUCUCGCGAUGAUCCCGAACUUCCGCGUUUCUCCUACGCCGAUGGACGAAAUAACCAAGUUUUCCUCUUCGAGGCUCGGCCCACCUUCGAUCGGAACGUUGGAAGGAUUUAUUAAACGGUCCUAAUGCACUCGAGGGAGGAAGCCGUCCGGACGAGAGGACGAUCCAUCGUUGGAAGUUUAGGAGAGUCUUACCAACGAAGACCGUCGUCGACACGGAUUAAAAAGACAACCAAGAUCGGGAAGAUUAACGGAUCACUCGUUUUUGUAUGUUAGUGGACUUGAUGGAAGAGCGAGGAUGGUUCCUUCAUACCUUUAGUGUUCAAAUUGUUAUCGUUUUUUCUUGUUAUCGUUAAAUCGUUUUAAUAAAGACAAGUUAGCGACAAA